AUGAGCUCUACAGAAUCGUUAAUCUCUACAACAGUUCUUAACAGCUAUAAUAAUUCAAUUACAGCUAAUGAUACUUUUCCUGUGAUGCCAACAAUUAAUAAUGAUUCAAAUCUAACUAUUUGCUUACUGAUUUUUGCUUUUUUAUUUGUUUCAUUUUUAGUUCUCUUAUACAUUUGCUCUUUUCAUGGAAAACUAAAACCGUUAUGUAAAAGAUGUUUCAUAUGUGAAUUCGGAGGAUCGGAUACAUUAGAGCUUAUUGAUUCCGAAGAACUCAACUUUGAUGAAGAAUAUGGAAUGGAAAUGGUAGAUAUAGGAAAUGAUAAUAAUAUUGAGAAUACAAAGGAGACAACAGAAUGUUAA